AAGAAAAAGAACAUGAAGCCCUAGAGCAUGAAAGAAAUCUCUGGAUUCAAAAGCGGGCGGAGGAAUACAUAGCCCAGCAUAUUGAAGAACGGGAGAGGAAAAAAGCUGAAGAAAACAUGCAAAAAUAUUUAGAGCCACUCAAGAAGCCGUGGCGAAUGAUCUCAGCCGAAGUUGAUGAUCCAUGGACUUCACAGUUCAAAGAACAACUUAUGGAGAAAAUCGUAAACCUGGAGCCAGCUGCUGGGAUCAACUAUUUUAAUAUUUUGCUUCUUGGACAAGCUGCAUCCGGAAAGUCCUCUUUUCUUAAUACAUGCGCUACUGCAAUAGAGGACAAUAAUAGACUGAUAACCCUCAGUCAAGUUUAUCAGAAGGCUUCCAAGAGUGUGACUACGUCACUUGAAGUUUUCCCGCUUCAUACCAGGGAUGGACAGACUCUUCCACUCCGGCUGUUUGAUUGCAGAGGACUUAAUGUAGAACACGGCGUACCCACAGAAGACGUCAUACUGAUCGUCAAGGGACACGUACGGAACGGAUAUGAGAUUAAUCCAGAAGUUUCCAUCAAGAAGGAAAACCCAAAAUAUAGAGAAAUUGCACAACUUAAGGACCGAAUGCAUUGUGUGGUAUAUGUUACUAAUGCCGAGAAUCCAUCAGAACAACUUACCGAUCCCAAAACGGAGGAGCAGCUUAGAUUUGUCCGGGAAACGAUCGCCUCUGACCAUAUACCACAAAUAGUCCUCUUCAGUAAGAUUGACAAACUCCGCAUUUCCAAUAAGGAUGAUUUGCGGGAUGUUUUCAGAAGUCAGGGCGUUAGGGAUACCUGCUACAAGGCUGCAGAAUACAUGCAGAUCCCGCUGAUGAAUGUCCUACCAAUGUCGAACUACCACGAGGAAAACUUGCCCACUCUAGAGAAGGAUAUUCUGGCACUAUUUUAUUUAUUGACCAUGAUGCAGAGAGCCAACGAUUUUGUAUCAAACUGUGCUAAAGUAAAUGUUCCUAAGGAAUUUUAUGAUUAAUUCUGUUUUUAAAAAAAAUAUCUGCAAAAAAAAGCAAACGUAUAUUUAAACGCUAAGUAUCUCUGUAUUUACUUAUUUGUCGACUCUUACAAGAAUAUGUGAAUUGGAAUUGAUUAAAGACCUCACACUUAAACAACGUGCUAAUUAAGUUUAUCAUAUACAUUGUUACAUUCUCUAAUGACGUAACAAUUUAUUUUUUAAUUAUCUCACUUGAGUUCAUCAUGUAUAAUGGUUAUAUUCAUCUUGUAAUAUGUCACAUGAAUAUAUAUAUAUUUUUCAGAAAUCAU